AUGUCCUCCCCUCCUUACCAGCGACGAGGCCGCGGUCGCCACUGGACCAACUUUGAGCUCGACGCCGUUCUUGCCCUCAUCUGCAAGGGCCAUCACCUCAAGGGCAGCUCUCUCGGCUUUGCCACCAAGCUGAACGAGGCCCUCAACGGCCGCGGCAACAAGAGCCGCUACGACCAGGACAUCCCCGUCGACGACGUGCGCGACCUGCUUGCCGACCUGGAGAAGCAUCACAAGGCUGCUCUGGAUUUCAUUGAGCGCCAGCCCUGGCCGCACGUUAUUACCCGCAAGAAGAAGCUCGUCUUUCUGCGCAGCCUGGACUUUGGCGGAUCCAAAGACGAGUUUCUCGAUGAGCGUUGCGAUGAGUGGCUGGAUGCUCGCCGCGAUGGGGAGCAGCAGCAGGCCAUGGGCAAGCAAAUGACUGCUGACCUGGAUCACGGUCAGGAUUCUGCACAGUACUUUGGCCAGGACAACCAUAGCAACAAUCCUUGGAUGCCUUCCACCGCCGCCGACGGUAACAACAACAACAAGUCGGGAGAAGACCACUGGUACUCGUCACGCGGCAACUGA